GUGCACACUGGAAACUCAAAGCAUGACUCUAUAUUGUACUUUUGUAAUGUACAAUUAUUACUAUGGAGAGCAGCGAUGGAGAUGUUAGUCCUCUUUCCUUCUCCAUCCCCCUUGCCCUGGUGCCUGUGAAACAGAGCAUCCCCAUGGCAACAGCAGCAGCUGGUCCCUAGAUAAGAGGAGCUGGAGCCGGCCAGCAGCAGCCACUGCCGCAGAGAAGCCAGGCCCAGCUUCGGUGAGCACACACGCCCUCCCUGUCUCUCGCCUUCGCUUCCCUGCAUCUGCACCGAUUGUGCUAGAGAAGAAAUACAUCCACCCACCCUCCUUUGAUGAUGUCCACUGAGCAAAUGCAGCCACUGGAACUCUCAGAAGACAGACUGGACAACCUAGACCCUCGCUGCAGCCACUUAGGUGUGUUUUCAGAACAUUUAAUUAAAAGAUACGAUGUUCAAGAGAGACAUCCAAAGGGCAAAAUGAUCCCUGCUCUUCAUAACACUGACCUGGAACAGAAAAAGCCAAGGAGAAAAGACACACCUGCCCUGCACAUGUCCCCCUUUGCAGCAGGUGUGACAUUGCUCAGGGACGAGAGACCCAAAGCAAUCGUGGAAGAUGACGAAAAGGAUGGUGACAAGAUAGCUAUUUAAAGAUAGUUCCCCUGAGACCACUUGUAAAUAGGUUAGAUUGGUUCCCUGUGGUGACCUAGAGAAAAAAUAGACUUGUUUCUGCUCUCAUUUUUGUCAUCGUCUGACUUUAAGAUUCAGACACCUUCUCCCCAGGAGAUGUAUGCCAUCAAAUUGCCAGUCACCUCUUUGUCUCUCUCUUCUUUCUGAGUAUGGUUUCUAUUCUGUGUUUUGAAUUUUUAUUUUCUAAUGCAGUGGAAAAGAAACAGAUCAUCCUAAAUGAGGAGGUAACAGAGAAAGCACUGGGGUUCGGUUUCUGCAUCUUCUGGAUCAAUUCAUGGAGCAGAGAUCGUGGAUUACAUGGGCUCCUUCUUGGUUUUUGCUGCUGGGCAGGACUUGACUUAGCAUCAUCCAAGCACCAGUCCAAGUGGGGUUCCCUAUUGCCAGUUAGAGAGGUGAGAAUGUUUGGACUCUAACUCACCGAAUGCUUUGGAGACAAAGGUCUUUUAUUUCUCCUGUUCUAUCUUAAGAGUCCAAAUGUCUCUGGUGAUGUUCCUAAGAUGCUUGUCCCAGAUACUCUAAAUGUGAAUGUAUGAACUGGGGGAGUCAACCCAGCCCACCAUGACUUGGCUGAUGAUACCAGAGGCAGAGAGUGCUGGUCUGUCUGGGAAGCUUAGCAAUGUAUCUUCAAAUUUAUUUUUGUUUUUAAAAAUAUUUCUUAAACAUGCUGUCCCAAUAUUUGUGAGCUGUGUCGUGUCACAAGUGAGUCAUUAUCAAUGGUAGAUAAAAUAUCAAUGUUCGUGAUGAAUUUACUUUAAAAAAAUUAAGGUCAAUGAAAGCCAUUCUGUUAUUUUUAGCAUUCUCACUUAUUUAGACUCUAUUACGCUUUCUUGGAUGAGAGGGGAAAGUGUGGUGUUAGCUAGUGUACAGAGGUCUGUAUAUUGUCCUUGCCCCAGGUUGCAAUCUGUGGAUGCCCAGGGGAAGGCAUACAGGCCUCAUCCACCAGGCAAUAGACAGGAGAGAGGUGAGAACUAUUUUUAGAAGGAGGAAAAGUAGAUACGCAAAUUGUCACAACUAAGAGUGAUAAUUUGGUAGCUCUGUAUGUAUGCUGGUUCCAAAUAUUUAAUCCCUUCUGUCUUUCUGUUCUCACAAAGAUGGAAAAGAUGCAAGAGCUUGCCGGAAAUAAAGCUACAUCUAUCCACA